GGUCGCCAUGACGGCGGCCGUGUUCUUCGGCUGUGCUUUCAUCGCCUUCGGGCCUGCUCUUGCGCUCUACAUCUUCACCAUCGCCUCCGAGCCUCUGCGCAUCAUCUUCCUCAUUGCCGGCGCUUUCUUCUGGUUGGUGUCUCUGCUGCUUUCCUCCCUUGUUUGGUUUAUGGCAGAAACCAUUACUGGCCACAAAGAUGGACCAGUACAGAAAUAUCUGCUCAUCUUCGGGGUGCUGGUCUCAGUCUUUAUCCAAGAAGUCUUCCGGUUUGCAUAUUACAGGCUAUUAAAAAAAGCCAAUGAGGGUUUGAAGGCUAUAAACCCAGAUGAGACGGGGCCCUCUAUGCGAUUGUUGGCCUACGUUUCUGGCUUAGGCUUUGGAAUCAUGAGUGGAGUUUUUUCCUUUGUGAAUACCCUGUCGGACUCCCUGGGGCCAGGCACGGUGGGCAUCCAUGGAGAUUCUCCCCAGUUCUUCCUUAAUUCAGCUUUCAUGACGCUGGGUAUCGUUUUACUGCACAUCUUCUGGGGCAUUGUGUUUUUUGACGGCUGUGAGAAGAGAAGGUGGUGCACCCUUCUUGUGGUUCUCCUGACCCAUCUGCUCGUGUCAGCCUUGACCUUGAUUAGUCCUCACUAUGGGAUAAACCUGGUGUCAUCCUACACCGUCCUGGUGCUCAUGGGCAUCUGGGCGUUCUUCGUUGCUGGGGGCUCCUUCCGAAGCCUCAAGCUCUGUCUGCUCUGCCAAGACAAGGACUUUCUCCUUUUCAACCAGCGCUCCAGAUAA